AUGUCUCGCAAAAAGCGAUACUCUGUCUAUAUACCCACAACACCACUAUCACCGAUUCUACCGAUUUAUCCAUCUCCCAUUGAUACAAAACAUGCACUGCAGUCAUCAAGAACGUCAAGAGCAUCGAGUCCUUUCAUUACACAUAACGACCAUCAGGUACCAAAUCGGCUAAGCUCACGAGAUUCCUCCUCCUCAUUCUAUAGAGUUGCAUCUUCUGGUGUAGAUCAGAUUUCUAUAGAUUCUCUUCCUGCCAAUACACCAAAUAUAAAACUUUUACUGAUCGGCGAUGCAGGUGUCGGCAAAACUGCUGUAAUACUGGGAUAUUGCAACGAGUUGCCAUCAAAGGGUCAACUAAAGAUUAUGAAUGAUGCUGGUACACCUAUUCGCGAUAAAAGGAAAAAUACAGAAAAUCUAAAUAGUAGCAAGUCUUCUAAAAGGAAAAAUAACAGAACUAUUCAAAUGAAAAAAAGGUAUAGUCUGAACGACUAUGAAGAACUUUUCAAUAAGAAACAUAAUUCAAACUCUUUAACAAAUUUCACCAAUUUAAGCAAUGAUGAAAUUUCUGAAGAUGGUAAUGAGGAAAAUUUGGAUGAAUUAGUGGUAGAGACAAGGUCAACUAUAGGUGUUGAUAUCAAGACAAGUAUAGUAAAUAUUGAUAAUAGAUUUUUCAAAUGUAUUUUGUGGGAUACAGCAGGACAGGAACGUUAUAGAAAUGCAAUGAUACCAAUAUUAUACAAAGACGCCAACGGGAUCAUUCUAACGUAUGAUAUAUGUAACAUGCAAAGUUUCGAGAACUGUUGCAAUCACUGGUUAAAAGAGGCAUUAGAAAAUUUUGAUCAGAGUGAUUUACAAAACAUACGUUUUUACUUGAUAGGAAACAAAAUUGAUCUCUAUACUGAGAGGAAAGUAACACAUGAAAAUGUUAUUGAGGCUAUUGAGAAAAUUGAAACAAAUUUUAAGGUCACAAUUUCUGGAAAUUUUGAAAUUACGUGCAAAUGGCCACAUGUUGUCGAAAGGACAGUAAACAUGAUAAUACAAGAUUUGGUGGAAAAUGCGUGCUACGAAGUCAUGGAUUAUAGUGCUGAACAAACUCCAUCAUUGGAUGGUUCUGCAGAAUCAAAUAAUUCAAAGAACAGCGAUAAUGAAAGUGAUGAAAAUACCCUAAGAUAUCGUCAUUUCAACAACAAUAAAACAGAUAGAAAUAAAAAAAAUAGUAAUACAGUAGAUAUCUCCAAACCAAAUAAUUAUUUUGAAGUUUCAUCCUCGGAUGGAUCAUGCUGUGUGUAA